ACAUAAGAGUUAUUCCAAUUAAUCCAUUUUCCAUCACGUAUAAUGCAUGGUCUCCAAGAUUUUUUAAAAAAAAUCCUUCAAUAAGAACUUCCAUCUAUCUACUUUUUCUUCUGAAUUCUCUGGUUACUAGAGAAUUCAGAAAUGCUGAGGCUAAAUUUAUAUAGUUCCAUAGUCCCUAGUCCAAUAGAAGUCAACAAUAUUGGCAGAAGCUUCCGUGCGUUGAUCAUUUUGACCAACAAACAAACGAUUGUAUGUAGGAGAAAUAUUAGUGUCAAAGCCCUGAAAGAUGGGAUGAACGGUGGCACAAAUGGCAGCGGAUUAGGUGGUCGUAGUUGGGACCCUGGCUUGGAAAUUGAGGUGCCAUUUGAACAAAGGCCGGUGAAUGAGUACUCAUCUCUGAAGGAUGAAACUUUAUACUCUUGGGCAGAAUUGGGUCCAGGGUCCUUCUUCCUACGUCUUGGGGGACUUUGGUUAGUCACAUUCACCGUUUUGGGAGCACCUGUUGCUGCUGCAAGCUUCAAUCCUGCAAAGGAUCCUUUAAGAUUUCUCCUGGCUGCAAGUACUGGGACUCUUUUUCUUGUUGCAUUGAUUGUCCUGAGAAUUUAUCUGGGAUGGAGCUAUGUUGGAGAUAGGCUUUUAUCAGCAGUUAUACCUUAUGAAGAAACCGGAUGGUACGAUGGACAGAUGUGGGUGAAGCCCCCUGAGAUCUUAGCUCGUGAUAGGCUGCUGGGCUCUUAUAAGGUGAAACCAGUCAUUAAAAUGCUGAAGCAAACCCUGGUUGGGACAGGGGCUUUACUAGUUGCAGCAGUCUCCUUAUUCAUAUUUGCAACACCAGUAGAGGAUUUCAUCCACGACACUUUCACAACAAAAGAAAACUCAUUGAGUUCCACUUCAAAGAGCAGCACAAAAAAACCAGGCAUCAGGAAAGAAGAGCUGUUAAGAUUACCAUUAAAAGUCAAGGAGGACGAUGAUCUGGCGAAAGCUGCCGCUGAAGCAGCUGAUGGAAGGCCAGUUUAUUGCAGAGAUAGAUAUUAUCGUGCAUUGGCCGGUGGACAGUACUGCAAAUCAGAAGACCUACUUCAAUAAGUGGACAAGUGAAGAAGGCUAUAGUUAAAUUCUACGAUUGCUCAUAAGAUCAGUACUACAAUUGAGCCUGUUUUUAUAAAAUUAGAGAAGAAAUUUUGAUGUUUUAUGCAUUAGAUAAUCUGUAUGCAAAGAACAAAAGAAAGAGAAUCAUAACAAGAAAUGUUUACAUCAA